CAGUCGCCUACCUGGGAGGACAGGACAGCUGUGAUGCACUCCUGGCGUGCCCUUUUUUUUUUUAGCAUAUAAGUCUUCUCAGCGAGUGCGCUGUGGUGUUCCUACACGGACUAGGCGUAAAUCAGAGAUACAAGGACACUCACAACCAGGGAGGGACGUGAAGAUACUCUGCGGAAUUCAAAAUGCCCUCAGGCCACAAGGGAGGUCCUCCCCCUUACAAUCAUGGCAGCAGACACCACAGCCGGGAUUUGUACGGAGAGAGGAGUCGCUCUUUCAGGGAGGAGGAAUUCCUGCACUUCUAUCGCUGGACCUCCCCGCCCGGCGUGAUGAAGAUCGUAUCCAUCAUCAUCAUCAUCCUUUGCGUGGCCAUCUUUGCGUGCGUGGCGUCCACACUGGCCUGGGAGACAGACCUGGGGUUGUCAGGCCUUGGCGGGGGAAUGGGAGGCAUUGGGGGUUAUGGGAGUAGUUACGGGGGCGGUUACGGGGGCGGCUACGGGGGCAGUUAUGGGGGUGGUUACGGCAGCUACGGGGGCAGCGGCAUAGGCAGCUCUUCCUAUGGUUACGGAGGGAUCGGAGGCAACUACACCGACCCGGCUGCAGGGAAGGGAUUCCUCAUCGCCUUAGCGGCCAUUACCUUCCUGGCCGUCCUGGUCAUCUUCAUCCUGGUGGUUUCCCGCCAGAACAUUUCCCGCUCCCGCCGUUUCUACCUGGCAGUCAUCAUCGUCGGUGCCAUCCUGGCCAUCCUGAUGUUCAUAGCCACCAUCGUCUACCUGGUGGCUGUCAACCCCACGGCCCAGGCCUCCGGCUCUGUGUACUACAACCAGGUGGUGGCGCUGUGCGCCCAGUACCAAAACCAGGGACCCGAGCCCACCGGAAUCUUCAUCAACCAGUACCUGUACCACUACUGCGUGGUGGAGCCACAGGAGGCCAUCGCUAUAGUCUUCGGUGUCCUGGUGGUGAUCGGCCUGAUCAUCCUCGUGGUCUUCGCUGCGAAAACGAGGGCGCAGAUCCGUCAGCACGGCAAAGCCAACGUCCUGUGGGAGGAGGUGAAGCUUGUCGGCAACGGCACAUCACAUGAUGUGGGGGAGUGGGUGAAUAAGGUGUCUGAGAUGCCAGAGGUGUUGGUCAGCGACUAUCCAGACAACAUUGGAGGCUCCCGGAAUUUCCUGGAUAACACCAGCUUCGACUACGCCAAGCCCCCCUAUACCCCUGUGGGCCCAGAGCAGGACGCCCCCCUGUACAAUUCGGCACCUUACAGCAACCCGUCUGACAUCCCCAGCUCUGCAGGGAAACUGAAAAAGAAUAGAUACAAUGAUGGCGGCUACACGACGGGCGGGGAGUCUGGAGACGAACUGGACGACACCGACUUUGACGAUGAGUUCCCCACCAUCCUCACUGAACAGGACAGAUUAGACUACAAGCGCACAUUUGAAAAGGACCUGCUGGAGUACAAGGACCUGCAGUCUGAGCUAGAUGACAUCAACAGGAACCUGUCCAAGCUGGACAAACAGCUGAACAGUCUCCACGAAGGAAGCCCACAGUACCUGGAUACACUGGAUGAAUAUAAUCAUCUGAGGAACCUUAAAAAGUCUUCAAAUUACCAGUUAAAGAAGAAAAGAAGCAAAUAUCUGAAGGCCAAGCUUGCCCACAUCAAGAAGAAGGUCAGCGAUUAUGACCGUAGGGCGUGAUGUGCCUGAUGCUUGACCCCUGACCCCGUUCCCCCAGCCAAUCACCGCCUCUUUUGCCUAGGGUUCAAUUGUGCGAUUUUUGGAUGAAUCAGGAAUGAUCUCAACCAGCUAACCAUGAGAAGAUACCUGGGAAAAUGAAGUUUGUUUUACAUGUUUGGGUGCGUUGCUAUUGUAACUUGCGGUGUUGUUAAGUUCUGUCACAUAAUAUUAAAAAUAAAUGGCUCUUAAGUAUAAUUCUUCUCAGGAAACAAAAUGGAUUCGCCACCACACGGCAACAAUGUGACAUGCUACAUAUUCGAGAAGAACAACACUGGGUUAUUGGAAAGUUAUUUUGAAUUGAUGUCAACAUGGAAUUUGCAAUUCUAGUUUUUCUUUAAUAGGAAAAGAAAAACCUGUACAUUCAAACCAUUCUAACCAUCAAAUCCUUUUUUGUGAAAUUGUGAGUUUCUCUUCUUUGCUCAAAUAUGAACCGAUCCUUCAGUAUUUUUCUAUUAGUUUUAAUGUUUGGAAGACUUUACACUUCAGCAUGCACAUGAAUGGCCAGCAUUGCUACAUGUUUCCUUACCAUGCUUCACAACUUUCUUGUUUAAUUUAAAAUAAGCAAAUUAACUAAUCAUAGAGAUUUUUAUUCAGAUUAAAUUUUGUAAAUAUGCAAAUAUGUGAGUAUGACAAGUGUCUUUUUUGCAUGCAUCAUCUUGCUUUUGUUUUUAAUAAAAUAAAAAUGAAAAUCUGAAGUGAAAUAUCAUCUCAGGUACAUAUCUGGUUUUUUAAGCUGUGAUGAUGGAAAAGGUCAAUGUGUAUCUUUAUAUUUUGUAAAUACGAAAAUUUCAAUAAAAACAACAGUAAAGAAA